GUUUACACGGAGACGGAGUACGACUUCGUCCUGGGCAACAUUUCAGAGUGCUCCACAUUAGGAGACAAUCUGGACGAUUGCCAGGCAUCUCAAAACUGCACCUUCCGGCCGCUCUUCUCCUCGGGCAGCUGCGUGCCCAUACCGAGGUUCGAGCCGUCCUGGAUUCUGCCGGCAGCAUUCGGUAGCACGACGAUUACGAACACCAGCUCCACGACCACCACUGCCACCGCCUCCUCGACCUCAGCAACAUCCACCUCUAUCAGCACCUCGAUCUCUUCCACGUCUUCGUCCUCCACGGCAAGCUCAACUACAACUGCAUCCGUCACAAGAAGCUCAACUUCAACUUCCUCCAGCACGACCUCAGCCAGCACAACUUUCUCCAGCACAACUUCCGCCACAUCUAGCAUUACAAGCAUCACGAUCACCGGAACCACGCAGACGCAGACGACGACAACGGUCACCUACACCGUGCUUCCAGGGAGUUGCCCUGCACCGGUUCUAUCGGCCACGGCAGACAUCACG